CCAUGAAUGCAUCUCUGUUCUUCCUUGCUGUUGUAUCAGCCGUCGCUGCUGACAAGAUCCCCGACUUCGUCGUUCCAGGAAGAUGUCCUGCGGUGGACGAGAAAUCACUCUUCGAUGAACAGAUUCCUAAUCAUCCUAAGUAUGCUGGUGUUUGGUACGAAAUUGCCCUCACAAACAACCCAUACCAACUCCUCCAGCAGUGCGUCCGCAACGAAUAUUCUUUUGAUGGAAACAAAUUCAUUGCCAAGUCUACUGGCAUCAACGGUGACGGUAACCUCAUGAGGCGCAAUGGCCAGAUCCUUCCCAUGCCUCUUGGAGACCCUCAUCUCUCCGUCGACUAUGAGGGAUCUUGGAUCGCUCCCUAUGUCAUCCUCGACACCGAUUACGAGAACUUCUCCUGCAUCUACUCCUGCACCGAAUACAACUUCGGAUACUACUCCGACUUCUCCUUCAUCUUCUCCCGCUCGCCGAAACUUGCAGACCAGUACCUGAGACGCUGCGAGGCCGCCUUCAAGAAUAUCGGAGUCGACGUCUCCCGUUUCACGAAGACAGUCCAGGGUUCUGACUGUCCCUACGACACCCAGAAGUCUUUGUAGAUUGCGCUUUAAUUUCAAAUAUAUAUUAAUAGAUACAAAUAUACACAUACACGCAGAUGUACGUAUGCAAGUACAAUGACAAUAAUUUUGACAUCGAUUUAUCUUUUUAUAUAAAAUUUGUCACUUAUUUAUAGUAUUUUCUUUUCCUGUGCUUAUUGGUAGUAAAUACCUAUUUACCAUGUAUGAAAUCAAGAGCAUUUUCAAUGAACAUUGCAUGACUUUAAGCGAAAGAAAAGGAAGAUGUAACAUUGAUGUAAAAUGACUAGGCUUUAUGGACACUUAGAUUUGAUAAGAUUUUACAUUAUCUAUGAAAUGCAGUUGAUCGGGAUUAUUUUCCAUCUUGUACAUAUUGAU